AUGAGCACGCUUUCAGGCACGCACGCGGCAUUUGCAGCAGGCCAUCCUGCAUUGAGCCUUGGAGGGUGUGCGCUGCACCACCCGUGGGCACCUGCAAUGUAUUCUGCAAAGUACCGCAAGGCGAUAAGUUGCUACAAACUACAACCGCCAAAUGCUUCUUGGAACACUGAUGAACUUGUUGCACAUCUAUCCGAGUCUUUACGAAUGUGUUCUGCCAGUGAUGUAAUUCUUAGUGCAACUGGUGGUCGAAGCAAAUGCCGUCCAUUUACUGAGUUUCCGCUCAUAAAAUGCCGUCUUUGUGCUGCUGUGUAUGAUCAAGCAGAGGAGUUUCUGAAUCACACGCUCAGGAGUCAUUUCGGCAAAGAGCAUGUGAAACUCUACAAAGAUCUAGGCGUGAUACACAAAGAUGUGCAACAUGUGCUCGACAUCGCGAGAUCUAGACGUUUUCCUAUUGUUGGACGAGCACUUAUCAACAGUCCGGAAUUAUGUGUGGUGACUCCGCUUUUAUCUCCUCUUGCAUCGUUCAUGCUUGCUGGAGUAACGGUAUCCACGAGAAAGCCUAGUAGUAACUUGCAUGUAGAAAAGUUGAUCGAGGGACCCAAUGUGGAUAGAAUUCCUUUGUACUUUUCUGUGAGAGCCAUGCACUGUCGACAUUUGGAGCGGCGCAUAUAUGCUGCAAAUAAACUGCGGAAACGGAAGUUCCGUUAUUUAAGAAGUCUGUUGAAGCCUUUCUACAUCGACGCUCCAGAUUUACUGGAGCAUCCUCCUCAGGAUCCCGAAGUGGCACGGCUGCUGCACCAAGCGACUGGACUUCCCAUUGGAGCAGCCAUCAUACCUGCUAGAAAAAUUCGCCUGCAAAUACCAACGGUCACAGGUCCCGAUGAUUCAAAAUAGCUGUCAUGUAGGAUACUUCAAAAUAGCUGUCAUGUAGGAUAGGAUUGUAUGUACGUACAUUCUCUAUGGGAUCCUGGAUAACCGCACUCUCUCAAAAAAUUUUCUUUUUCUCUCAAUUUGAUGGAA